CUUAUUUCCUGUCUAGCAUUCGUGUGCGUUUUUUAAAGACAGUUUCUUUUAUCAGUUGAGUUUCUUCUUCUUCUUUUUUCUCUAUAAGCUCAUUUUUAUUUCUCAAAUUAAUUAUUGUUUUUGUACAUAAGUACAAAUGGACAUAGCUUUAAACAUGAAUGGCUACGUAGAAGAGUUCAUGAAAGCUCUUGAACCGUUCAUGACGGUAACAUCUUCAUUUAAACCAAUACCAGUUACUCCAGUUAACCAAACAUUACCCGUAUCUAACCAAACCGGUCCAAUUGGGCUAAACCAGCUCACUCCCACUCAAAUCCUAGAAAUUCAAACAGAGUUACAUCUCAGACAAAAUCAAACUCGCCGUCGAGGCUGUGGUGGCCAUCUUCUCAACCCCAAACCAGCUCCAAUGAAGAAAACCGACGUAACUAGACAGGUUAAACUAUACCGAGGCGUUAGACAACGGCAAUGGGGAAAAUGGGUUGCCGAGAUUCGGUUGCCUAAAAACCGAACAAGGUUAUGGCUUGGUACGUUCGAAACCGCGGAAGAAGCAGCAUUAGCUUACGACCAAGCUGCUCACAAGAUCAGAGGAGAAAACGCUCGUCUCAACUUCCCCGACAUUGCUUUCCAUGGAGAAUAUAAACAGGCCCUGUCUCCUUCUGUCAACGCUAAGAUCGAAGCCACCUGCGGUAGCUCAGAGUUUCCCCCGUCUAAGCUCGAGAAACCGGCGAAAACAGGGGAAGUGUUCUUUGGUUUUCACUAUAUGGGUCAUCAUGAGCUGGAGCAAGAACGUGAAGUUAUGGAUAUCUUUGGAUACGGGUCGGGUUCUUCUCCUGAGUCGGAUUUAACGUUGUUAGAUUUCUCAAGCGAAUGGAUAAAGGAAGAUGAGAGCUUUUGCAUGGGUUUGCAGAAGUGUCCUUCUUUUGAGAUUGAUUGGGACGCUAUAGAAAAACUCUCUGGAUCUAUUUAA